GUCUGCCAACCGCCACAGAAAUCAAAGAAGAAGAAGGACUUCCGUGUGUUUAGCAACAGCGGUUCCGGAGAGGUUAAAGCCAACAUGAGCGUUCUGUUCCAGAACCUGGGCUGCUGGCUGGUUCCGAGUAGAACCCUGCAGAACCGAACCGUCAGGCUGACCCACAGUUUAAUCCACAGAGAAGCUGCGCUGAAAGCCCCGCUGUCAUGGCGGACAGAUCUCCGCUCCCCGGUGAGUGUCAGCCGGUGGCUCACCUGUAGAAGAACACAAUGGCUGAAGCUUCACGGCUUAAGGUCGCUGUCUUCAGUGCCUCCACCGCCCUCAUCAGGCGAGAAGUCCAAGAAGUCAGGGCCGGUGACGUGGAAAUCGUUAGCGGUUACGUUUGCUAUCGGAGGAGCUCUGCUGGGAGGGAUGAAGUAUUUCAAGAAGGAAAAAGAGGAACUGAUUGAAAAGGAGCGAACCAAAUCCAUCGGCCGGCCGGCGCUGGGCGGGCCCUUCUCGCUCAUCGAUCAGAACAACAAGCCCUCCAGGAGCGAGGACUUCCUCGGCCGAUGGAUCCUCAUCUAUUUUGGCUUCACGCACUGCCCCGACAUCUGCCCCGACGAGAUCGAGAAAAUGAUCGAAGUGGUGGAUGAAAUCGAUAAGAUCAAGUCUCUCCCAGACCUGACGCCCAUCCUGAUCACAAUAGAUCCUGACAGAGACACUCCAGAAGCCAUGGCUGCAUAUGUGAAAGAGUUUUCCCCAAAGCUGAUUGGUCUGACGGGGACGACGGCUCAGGUGGAGCAGGUCUCCAGAGCCUACAGAGUGUACUACAGUCAGGGGCCGAAGGAUGAGGACAACGACUACAUCGUCGAUCACACCAUCAUCAUGUACCUCGUGGGACCCGACGGAGAGUUUGUGGAUUAUUUUGGACAGAAUAAACGAAGUGUAGAGAUCGUCAGCUCAAUAGCCGCUCACAUGAGGAAGUAUAAGAAGAGGAAUUGAGGGGCAGCCCGUCUAAGCCCACCAUGAACUGACAGUUGGUCCUCAGGUGUUCAACCACUGCUGUCUUAUUACUUUGUGUACGUACACUAAGGUAUAAAAGCUUUUUCUUUUCACUGAUGAGCUGCUUUUUGUUGUUUUUACAUCACGCUUUAUUAUAAAAAUGAUAACCUAACAAAUUUAUGCCUCGUUUAGUUCUGGUUUCCUGUUUUGGUCGCAGGUGAAGGAAACCAAGUAGGAAAGAUUAAGGUUUAGGAGAUUAGUUAUUUAUUACUUGCAGUUAAUGGAUGAGCAGUUUAUCAGGUUUUGGAUCCCCCUAGUGGUUGGAGGACAAAUUACAUGCAAGGGGGGCAUUGAAUCUUCUUAUUUCUUUGUGUGUGAAUUUUGUGACUCAGUCCAUUAACAAGGUAAUCUUGUUUUAAAGAAAUUCAUAUAUUUAGUUUACAUGAAGUGCUUUAAAACCAAAGUUUGUUGAAAACAGAAUUCCUAAAGCUUUGAUUUUGAAGAACCUUCAGCCUCUCAAGUGAUUCCGAUUGUCUAAUAAAACUUCUUGCAAUGAUAAA